CCAGGAUACAAGCAACCGCAACGAUUGUUCGGGCGCCUAUGCAGGGCAAAAGGGAUAGAACCACAACAGGCUCGUAUAGACGUCUCCACCGUAAGCGAUGCUGACGCCUUGGUGAACGAUCAAAUUUAACGUGUUCGUAUACUGCAUGUAUUAAAGCCGUCCCCUCUUGCUGCAAUGUGAUACCCCAGGUAUUCCUAAAAGGCCCAUCACGCUCUUUCUGCAACCCCAUCCCUACCUGCGGUCUCCACCUCCACACUCUUUAAUCGCUAUAUAUUACUACACAAACAUAAUCCUUAAUCAUGUCGUUCAGUAUUCGCAACACCAUCGCCCUGGGCGCCUUCUCCGCCCUCGCUGCUGCGCAAACCGUUCCCCCGAAGCUCGACGCAACUUGUGCCGAUGUAGUCAUCUUUAUGGCUCGCGGCAACGACGCCCCAUACCAUGACGGUCGCACUUUCCCCUUCGUCGAGGCCACCUGCGGCAAGUUGACUGCUCAGGGCAAGAGCUGCGACUACAUCGACAUCCAGUUCGAUGUGACCCUUGGUGGAGACUACUGCAGCCAAGUUGCUGAGGGCGCUCGCAAUGGUAUCUCUCAGAUCACCGCCUUCAACGAAAAGUGCCCUUGCUCGCACAUUGUAGUGAAUGGGUACUCUGAGGGUGCUCAUGUAGCCGGUGAUGUGCUUGGAGGACCGGGUGGAUGCACAUUCGUCUCGACCGGCCUAGACAACAACUCUGCUGCGGGCAAAGCGGUCGCCGCGGCUCUUCUCUGGGGAGACGUGAUGCAUACCGCCAACCAGCCCUACAAUGUGCUCGACGGUGCCGACAAGCAGUCCAACGGUCGUAAGCCGGAGGAUCUUGCACGCCUCAACCGCUACGCACCUGUCCUUCGCUCCUACUGCGCUGCCGGCGACCCAGUCUGCGCCGGCGGAAACGUUGUGGCCGACCACUUGAACUACUUUGAGCUCUACACCGACGAUGCUUCUUCUUGGGUCGUCUCCAAGAUUGACAGCGUCGCACCUCUACCGUCGUGCGGUGCCACCAGCUCAUCAUCCACUUCUCCCGCCUCUUCUGCUACCAGUGCAGCCGUCACGCAGUCUUCUGCCGUCGUUCCUACCUCGUCUGCCGUGGUCACUGCGUCUGCUACACCUACCAAGGCUGAGUCUUCUGCUGCUGAGACGCCUUGCUCAACCUCUCCGGCAAUGGUUUCUCCCUUCCCCGAGCCUGUCCCAUACAAGCCCGAUGCCUGCGUCCUUGAAGUUCACGUAGAGUAUGCCUACGUAUAG